UUUCCGCCGUUUCUUGGCUGACCUAACGCGUUCACUUUAUCUUGAAAUUGUUCCAGUUUCUUUGUUUGUUUGCUAGCUUGGUUACAUAACGGUGCGGCUUUUCUUGUUGCAGGUCUGAUCGAUUUGAGCUCAUUCUGAAAGAGAGGGAGACAUGUCGAAGACGCUGGUGCAGCCCGUCGGGCAGAAGAGGCUGACCAACGUGGCCGUUGUCCGGCUCAAGAAGCAUGGGAUGCGCUUCGAGAUCGCCUGCUACAAGAACAAAGUCCUAUCUUGGCACUCUGGCGUCGAGCAGGAUGUGGAUGAAGUACUCCAGUCGCAUACUGUGUAUUCAAACGUUUCAAAAGGAGUUCUUGCCAAGUCAAAAGACCUAAUGAAAUCCUUUGGGACAGAUGAUCAGACAAAAAUAUGUUUGGAGAUUUUGGAUAGAGGAGAGCUUCAAGUUGCUGGAAAGGAGAGGGACAUCCAAUUCGCAAGUCAGUUUCGAGAUAUUGCCACAAUUGUUAUGCAGAGGACGAUCAAUCCUGAAACUCAACGCCCUUAUACUAUUAGCAUGAUUGAACGACUAAUGCAUGAAAUUCACUUCGCUGUUGAGCCAAAUAGCAACUCAAAGAAGCAGGCACUGGAAGUUAUACGUGAACUUCAAAAGCAUUUUCCAAUAAAAAGAGCUCCUAUGAGGCUCAGAUUCAUCAUCACUGAACAGAAUGUUUCUUCGCUCGUGGAAAAGCUCAAUGCAUGGAAUGCUAGUAUCGUUUCAAGGGAUGAAUCUGCAAGUGAAAUAUCUGUUGUAUGUGAAAUUGAACCAGGAUUCUACCGGGACUGUGAAGCCUCGGCAAGAAACUUGCAGGGGAGAGUGGAAGUUCUUGCAUAUUCAGUGCAUGCUGAAGGGGAUACCCAAGUGGACCAUUAUGAUGAUCGCGAGGACAUCCCAUCCCGGUCUGAACCCGAUUCGGUAGUCCAGCUAAGUGAGAGGAUGCAGAAACAGACACUCACGUCUAAAAAGGAGAGCACGGAGGAGGAAGUAAAGCAGAACAAGUGCAGCACAUGCAAUGCGUUGGUAGGGGCCGCAAAGCAGUACAGGGAGCACUUCAAGAGCGACUGGCACUCUUAUUCUUUGGGAUGUUCUAAGUGGAGAGAAGAUAGCACAUACAACUCUGCAGCAUACAGUUCUACAAGCUCGUCUUCAUCCUGGUUCCUCGACUCCAUCUAUUUGCCUGGCCUGCCCUUUCUCAUCAUCUCCCAUGAUGGAUUAAAGAUGCUUGAUGAAUUGAAUGAGAGCUUCAGUGAACCAGAUGAUGUGGAGAAAUUGAAGGCUGUUGGAUCGAAGUGCUUGGAACUUCUCCAUAAGUUUCAAGAUUCCAUCACUAGGGUCCAGUGGAAAGCACCUUGUUUUAGUGGUGAUGGAGAGUGGGCGAUUGGUGGUGCUGCAAGUAGAGGAGAGCACAAAAUUUAUAUAUGGGAUAGGGCCGGGCAUCUUGUUAAAAUUCUUGAAGGCCCAAAAGAAGCAUUGAUGGAUUUGGCAUGGCAUCCUGUUCAUCCGAUUAUCAUUUCUGUUUCUUUGACUGGCUUGGUUUAUAUAUGGGCUAAAGACUAUACUGAAAACUGGAGUGCGUUUGCUCCAGAUUUCAAAGAGCUUGAGGAGAAUGAGGAGUGAGUCGAACGAGAAGAUGAAUUUGAUUUGGUGCCUGAAACUGAAAAGGUGAAAGAACCAGAUGUUCAUGAAGAUGAUGAAGUUGAUGUUCUGACUGUGGAGAGGUCAGCUUUUAGUGACUCAGAUAUGUCCCAGGAGGAACUGUGCUUUUUGCAUGCAGUUCCUUGUCUCAAUGGUCCCGAGCAGCAAGACAAGUGUGUUGGCAGUUAUUCCAAGUUGCCAGAUGGUAACCAUUCUGGAUCGCCACUUUCAGUAGAGGCUGGUCAGAAUGGAAAUGGGAGCAACCAUAAUUCAAGCCCCCUCGAACCCAUGGAGAAUUCAACUGCCGAGGACACAGACGGAGCGCGAUUAAAAAGAAAACGCAGGCCUUCGGAGAAGGGGCUGGAAUUGCAGGCAGAGAAGGUCAAGAAACCUAUGAAACCUUUGAAACCGUCUGGUCGAUUGCCGAAAACUAAACAAGCUGUGAUUGAUCUGGAUUCUAGUAAUGGUGUAUAUGGAGACGAUGGUUCUGAUUGAUUCAAUCAAAUUGCAAAUUCUCAUUUCAUUUUCA